AGUGUGUGUAUGUAAGAACAACCAAAGGAGGUCUGUCACUAACCUCUAUAUAAGAUGACAGCAAGUCGUAUUCAACGCCUCCAGGGACUGAAGGAACUUGUAUGACACACAGCAGAGGUGGGACCAUUUGGAGAGGCGGCUUCUUCUUCAAAACUUCGCUCAGACUGACCCGGUUGCACCAUGGCUGUGCUCGUCCACAUACUGGCCUGUGCCUUCGGCCUGGGCUCGUGGGUGGCAGUGAACGGUCUGUGGGUGGAGCUGCCGCUCAUCGUCAACACUCUCCCGGAGGGCUGGGAGCUCCCCUCCUACCUGACAGUUAUCAUCCAGCUCGCCAACCUGGGACCUCUGCUGGUCACCGUCAUGCACAAACUGUGCCCAGGUCGUCUUAACGAACGCGCUGUGAUCUACUGCAUCCUCUCCAUAGGCAUCGUCUCCUGCAUCCUGCUCGUCUUCUUCUGGGACAAGACGACGAUAGUGGCCGGGGCACCACAUAGCACAGCCUUCUUCAUCAUCACCUUCUUCCUCUCUCUGGUGGACUGCACCUCCUCAGUCACCUUCCUGCCUUUCAUGAUGCAGCUGCCAGCAAAAUACAUCACCACAUACUUUAUAGGAGAGGGGCUCAGUGGUUUCGUACCUGCAGUGGUCGCUCUGGCACAAAGUGUGGGCUUCUCCAAGUGUGUCAACUCCACUCAGACUGCAGGAAACCAGACAGACGCGAACAAGUGGACUUUACAAACAGAGUAUCUUCCUCCAAAUUUUUCCACAGAGGUGUUUUUUGUCUUCCUAGCAGCCAUGAUGUGCAUAAGCUUGGCUGCUUUUAUUGCACUGAACAGGCUUCGUCGGACGUACGAACUGUCCACUGAAAACCUCGUGCCAGACACUGUGGCAUCUGUCAGCUCUGGCCUGGACAACCCCGCAGCAGAGACUGAUGGUGAGGGUGUAAAAUGCCAGGCUGAGGGGGCAGCCCAGAGCAAGCCUCUGCUGACUGGCUCAAAACACUCUGUGUACCAGCUGACCUUCAUCUACUUUAUGGUGGUGUGGGUUAAUGGGGCAACCAACGGCCUGCUGCCCUCCGUGCAGACGUACUCCUGUAAGCCCUACGGGAACCUGGCCUAUCACCUCUCCGCUUCUCUGGCAUCAGUGGCCAACCCUGUGGCUUGCACUAUUGCAAUGUUCUUCCAAAACAGGUCACUGGUGUUUCUUGGCAUGAUGACAGCGUUGGGGACAGGAUUUGGCAGCUACAACAUGGCCAUGGCAGCUAUGAGUCCAUGUCCUCUGCUUCAAGGGUCUGUGGUGGGAGAGAUAAUCAUUGUGCUCUCUUGGCUCCUUUUCACUGGGACGAUGUCGUAUGUCAAAGUCAUGGUGGGAGUCAUCCUGAGAGACCGGAGCCACAGCGCCCUGGUCUGGUGCGGAGCUGCAGUACAGAUCGGCUCACUAGUCGGCUCGGUCACCAUGUUCCCGCUGGUGAACGUCUACCAUCUGUUUAAGUCAGGAGACUACUGCAACACUAAAUGUCCUUUAUGACAGUAAAUCUGAAAACAGUGGCACUGAGGAGGCUGGAGACAGUCUUUGUUAGAAGAACAUUUCCUGCUUGUUCAAAUUCCUGCAGAGUCUGAUGAAUAUAUCGAUACCACUUUCACAUCUGUGUGUUUAUUACAGAGCAACAGGCGGGCGUAAAUUAGCUUAGCUUAGCACAAAGACUUGAUGCAGGGGGAAACUGUUAGCCUAGGUCUGUCCAAAGUUUAAAAAACUGCUUACAGGCACCUUUAAAGCUCAUUAAUUAACCUGUUUCUCUCAACCCUUUCACGCAUUGAGGUCACAACAGUGGACAACUAUUUAAAAGACAUUUUAGCGUAUAUGCAUGGGUUUUUAUGCUAUAGUUGCAUAUAAGGUGCUUCAGUGACCCUCAUGCCAUACACUGCCACACACUGGCCAUUUGUUGUGUUUGCAACAAAUCUCAGACAAAGAAGAAAUUACAAUUAUACAUCUGUCCACUAAUCUGGCUAUCUUGUAAGGUGAUUAUAUUUCAACUACAGUUAAUACCAUUUCUGCAACUCUGAUGUUCCUGAAAGUAGUUGAUGUGCAGCAAUUUUUUUUGGCGUUUCAACUUUUGCACUGCAUUGAACAUUGAACAGUAUUAGAAUAUGUUAACAUAUGUGAAAAUAUUAUCCUAACAGGAUUUAAGAUAUUUUUAUAGCUUCACAUAAUAUAUCAUAUUUUUCACUGGUUUAUAUUUCAUCGGUUGAAUACUUAAAUGCAUGUUGUCCACCCAUGGACAUAUAAUUGAUUAAAAAAAGCAGGUUUGAAUAAAGUGAGCUUGUUUUUUCAUGCCUAAAGAGGAAUAAAAAUACUUGACUAAGGCAGUCAUAUUUCAUGCUUGAAAGGGUUAAUCCAUGCACAAACCAAAAUGUAAAAAAGUUGUGGUUUUACAGGGAGUUAUUUGAAGCGUCAUUUUUACACUUUGGUUAUUUACAGAUAAAAGAUAGAAGACAAAAACAUUUAAAUUAUUGAACUUUAGAGGUGCUGCUAACCAUAUUUUUUAAGGGUCAGAGUCAGUUUAUCUGUUUCCUGUUGUUUCUAGUUUUUAUGCCGAGUUAAAGAUCAAACUAUUCCUGUGAGAUUCUUCUACAAGUCUGUCAUCAGCUUUGUGUUUAAAACAGUGAUGUUUUUGCAUUUAUUUUUUAUUUUAUUUUACAGCCUUCUGAUUUUUACACGAUGUUUGCACUUAACUUUAUCAGUGUUUGUGUUAAAGUCAUUUUAUACACUAUGAUGGGAAAUACUGUUAAUUCUUUAUAAGUAUAAUAAGUUCAACACUGGGACAAAGCUCUUUUCAAGCCAAAAUGUACAUUACGCCAAUCAUGAAACUUUCAUCUGUUUUGCCCACUAGAUGGCACAAGCACACUUCUAUUUAUUAAAAACCUGUCACUCCACACUGCAGUCCUUGACCAUGAAAUACAUUUAUACUGUGCACAUGAUAAAUAAAGGUGUUCAAAUGUAUGUAAGCUAAA